AUGACCUUUUAUAGGUUUCAUCGUAAGGAUGUAUUGGACUUGCAGUGGUCCACUGAUGGUACAUUUCUUAUUCCUGGAUCUGUUGACAGCACUUGUAUCAUAUGGGAUGUGAAUAAAGGUUCUGUGCAUCAAAUUUUAGAUGGCCAUUCUCAUUAUGUCCAAGGUGUUGCAUGGGAUCCAUUAGCUAAGUUUUUAGCUUCGCUCAGCUCAGAUAGAACCUGUAGGAUUUAUGUCAACAAGCCAUCUAAAACAAAAGGAAAUGAUAGGAUGAACUACAUUUGUCAGUAUGUCAUAUCAAGGUUGGAACCACAGACUACAGAUGAAUCCAAGACAGCUAAAAAUCACCUCUUCCAUGAUGAGACACUGCCAUCUUUUUUCCGAAGAUUAGCUUGGUCUCCUGAUGGAUCAUUCUUACUUGUGCCUGCAGGUUCUUUCAAACAUACACCAUCUUCUGAAUUAGUAAAUGCUGCAUAUAUCCUUUCUAGAAAUGAUCUUGCUAGACCUGCUUUGACGCUUCCUGGUGCCAGCAAACCUGUUGUGGCAGUGCGGUUCUGCCCUGUGAGAUUUAGCUUGCGAGGAUUAAAGUCAUCUGACUUCUUUAGGCUCCCUUAUCGCCUUAUCUUUGCGCUGGCCACUUUGAACUCUUUAUAUAUCUAUGAUACGGAGGGUAUUGAACCAAUAGCAAUCCUGGCUGGACUUCAUUAUGCAGCUAUAACUGACAUUGCCUGGUCACCAAAUGGCAAAUAUUUGGCAUUGUCCUCACAAGAUGGCUAUUGUACUCUCCUAGAAUUUCAAAAUCAGGAGCUGGGAUCAUCGGUCCCUGUUUCAGAAGAGAGAAACAUCGUGGAUGACCGUAAAACUCUGCAGCAGGCGCAAGGGGCUUCUUUCACAAAAACUGAGCCUGACAACAGCCUUGAUGGUGCAGAAAGUGAGAAGGCUGAAGCUCAUAAUGACGAAAAGCAAGCUUCCACAGCUACAUUGGCCACUCCCACAGCAAAUAAGCCAGCCAAAAGGCGUAUAACUCCUAUUGUCAUUGACUGA